UCAGGAGGAGACGUGAGAGUUGGGACUACUGACACUGAUCUUUUCCCUUUACCCCCCGCCUCUGAGACAAAGACGGACAGGAGCAGCCCUGCCUGAGCGCUGGGAAAUAAGAGCCCUCCCACCCCGCUCCCGCCAGGGCCAAAGGAGCAGGGAAAGUUGCCUGGAGCCGCCCCCUCUCUAGGCGAGGGGAAAGCUGGAUGCGGGGGAGCGAGCCUGGAACAAACCUCGCCUGAGCUUGUGGGCAGAGCCGCGAGCAGGGAAGGCUGGGAACAGAAAAGAGGCAUUUCACGCUCUCGGCUGAGUCACCCAAGUGUAUAAAACCAAGGCCGGGCAGUCGGAGCCGCUCGGAGCGGAGACACGAGGCAGCGGGACUUUGGGACAGAUCUUGGAAAUUGAUUGCAAGCCACUUCGGAGAAGGAUGUUUCCAGGCUUGCUCGUCCUCUCUCUGCUGGUGGGGAGCACAGCGGCUGGCCCGGUGAGCAGAGCAGAGCCUGCAGCAUCCAGGGAUGUCACCACCUUUUUCCAGCUGGCUCAGGAAGACCCUUGGGAGAACGUUAAUCUCACCAGCAUGUCCUGUGAGGAUCGGAAGAACAGGACCUGGAUCACCCUGCAGCUGACCAACAGCAGCCUGACAGCUUUCCCUGUCUGCCUUCCCGAGGCCCUGGAGACCUUGGACCUCAGCAACAACCUCUUGGAAGAGGUGAACGGCUCGGACAUCGCGAACCUGCCGCGGCUGCGCGUCCUCUCGCUGAGGCACAACCGCCUCUGGGCGGUCUCGUGGGGACCUGAAGCCCUCAGCAGCCUCCUCAAGCUGGACUUGAGCUUUAACAAGCUGUCGUCUGUGCCAUCCUGCCACAGCUCUGCCCUGCCCAACCUGAGGUGGUUGUCCUUGGCUGGAAAUCCACUGCUGGAAAUCCAGCCGCUGGCUUUUUCCUGCUCCCCUCAGCUGCAGGUGUUGAACCUCUCUGCGACCCUGCUGGGGCAGGAGGACAGCAGAGGAAUUAGGGAAUCUGCUUUUGCCAUCAGCACAGCUCCCAGGGAGGCCACGGACAGGCCUGGAAACUCCAUCCAUGUGCUUGAUCUGAGCGGGACUUUCCUUGAGAAAAUUCAACCAGAGUGGACCAGAGACUUGCCCAACCUCAGAUCCCUUCACCUGACAAAGAUGCCACGAUUAAGAAGCCUCGACACUGACUUUGUGAAGUCCAUGCCUGGUCUCCAAGAGCUGCACUGCCAGGACUCCCCUUCCCUGGGUUUUGUGAGGACAGAGAUGUUUGACAGUGCUCCUCAUCUGAGCCAUCUCUCCUUUGAGAACUGUAACCUCAGCUCCUUUAAUCCUUGGGACACCAACUCCUCGGAUGGCAUCACCAUCAACCUCUCUGGAAACCCUCUGUUCUGUGACUGCCAGCUCUCCUGGCUGCUCUCCAAGCCCAAGAGAGUUGUGCUGCAAAAGGCUGGGGAGACUUUCUGCACAUCCCAGGAAGAUGGGGGCAGACCUUCAACACCUGUUUCACUGCAAGAGCUCUACAGUAAAUGCCAGUCUGGGAGCAGCAAUGUCACACUGCCCCAUUCAGACACACCCUCUCCUGAUCAUGAUGCUCUCAGCUUUACCAGUUACGAUGCCACUGCUUCGGUAACAACAGACUGGGCUCUGCUCUCCAGAGACACUUACACCAGCUCCCUGAUCCUGGGGGAUUUAAUGAGUGCCACAGCCAACCCAGUGCUCACCAAAGACACUUCUACCAGCUCCCUGAUCCUGGGGGAUUUAAUGAGCGCCACAGCCAACCCAACGCUAACCAGAGACACUUACACCAGCUCCCUGAUCCAGAGGGAUGCAAUGAGCACAACAGCCAGUCCAGUGCUGACCAGAGACACUUACACCAGCUCCCUGAUCCAGAGGGAAGCAAUGAGCACAACAGCCAGUCCAGUGCUGACCAAAGACACUUCUACCAGCUCCCUGAUCCAGAGGGAAGCAAUGAGCACAACAGCCAAUCCGAUGCUGACCAAAGACACUUCUACCAGCUCCCUGAUCCAGAGGGAUGGAAUGAGCACAACAGCCAGUCCAGUGCUGACCAAAGACACUUCUACCAGCUCCCUGAUCCAGAGGGAUGGAAUGAGCACAACAGCCAGUCCAGUGCUGACCAAAGACACUUCUACCAGCUCCCUGAUCCAGAGGGAUGCAAUGAGCACAGCUCUGCACCCAACGGAGACAGAGCCGAUGCUCACAAAGGCCAACAGCUCCUCCCACCAGGAGGAGGCAGUUCCUGAAUCCACAAGCAAUCCCCCUUCCUUCACAUCCGUAACCUCCUUCCCGGUUUUCCUCAAAGAGCUCUUUGCUCGGUUUGGCUCCACGAGUCAAACAGGAACAGAGCAGCCCAAGGGAGAGCUCAGAACAACCGACACAACGUCUCCCCAGGAAGGCCCGUCCAGCCAGACCACCAGUCGUUAUUCUGCUGGAGGAACAGGAACCCCCAACACCACUGACCAUUCUGUUCACUCGUUUACCAGCCCUGGUGGGGAGGGCACCCCACAGGGCACCCCACAGCCGAGCCCCCCACAGCUGAACUCAAAGCCCGCUCCCACCAGGCCGCCGGCACACUACAUCGACUACUACGACUACGAUGACCAGCCGAAGGAAACCCCAGUGCAAGUGGGACACAUCUCCUGUGACUACAACCCCUGCAGGCACCUCCAGAAGCCGUGCAGUGAACUCCAGAGCGUGUCCCAGUGUUUAUGCCCGGGCAUGUCGACGGAGGAUGAGGUUCCAGACCCGCCGAGGCUCAGCGAGGUGACCGAAGUUACAGACAGCUCUGCCCUGAUUCACUGGUGCGCCCCAAAUUCGGUUGUUCACACCUAUGAGCUGCUGCUUCUUGCCCAAGGCAACGAGGACAGGCAGUUUGUCAUGGAUAAUAUUUAUCCCACAGCCAGGCAGUACACUCUGUAUAAUCUGUCACCAUACACCACUUACAACAUUUGCGUGACAGCUUCGAACAAAGCCGGGUCAAGCCAGAUAACAGACCAGGAAAUUCCAGGUAAUUCGUGCACCAGAUUUAAAACAAAACCCAGCUACAAGUCUGUCUUUGUUGCUCUGUCUGCAGCAAGUGGAUUCUUUCUCAUUACCACGAUUGUUUUGUCUGCAUGUCUGUGUAAGGCGUGUAAGAAGCCUCACAGUGAGCAGUAUGGUACACACUUGGUCUCCUACAAGAACCCGGCCUUCGAUUAUCCACUAAAAAUACAAACCAGUGAUUAGCUCUGGGUUACUGUUUUGCACAUUCAGAGCUCACUGUUUCCAUCACCUUGGUAUGUUUUUGGGAGACUCUCAAAGCAUCUUUCAGCAAAACUAUGAACAACCAGAUUUCAUAACCCUCCUGUUUCUAAGGGAGAGUAAACCACCAGAAAGAAAAACUAAUAAUGAAGGUAUCGACCAGAUAAAAGCCUCUGGACUGUGGUUCAUGUGUUAAGCAGCAGCAAAGCUGGACACUAACCUUGAAAAGCUGUUUUUAUAAUCACCUACAAAUAGAGUAGCAUGAAUUUUACACAGUGAGAGGCUCCCUGGCCAGCUGUCUGCCGCCAGUAUCUCAUGGACACAAUCAGCUGAGAGCCAUGAUCCAAGGUGCAUCUAGCUGAGCGUGACACACUCUGCUUUUAUUCACAGAGGGAAGUUGGGGGGUCAAUUUUUUAAAGGCAUUAUCCAAAAAGGGAGUGUUACUGGAAGGAGUGAGUGGGCUCAGUGACAAGGUGCUGUGCAGCUCUAACUCCAUUAAGCAACUCCAGAGGCUGCAGCUGCUCAGCCUCACUUCAGUUCAGGAAAAAGAAACAAAGAUUAAAUGUAAAAAGGACUGUGCAGGAUCCUUCGGGCAGGGAUCAUUGUUUUGUCUUAUCUUUGUGUGAUGUUGGAGUCUCCCAAGUGCUUCCACAAGCAGUUCCCAGGCAGUGGGGGUUUGCAGUACAGCACUGACCCAAGAAGUGGUAAGGGGAGCAUGGUAACAUUUGUUUCCCAAUGGAUUUUAAGUAGAGAUGGUUGUUCCAUCCCAGUAAUCCAUCCCAUCCCCAGAUUUAGCAGCUGAUUUACCUCAUAGAGGCAAAAAGAUGAGUAAUGAAACAAUUUAAUGUGUGUGUUGCUGAGACUUGAAAAACCGAAAUCCCAUCCCCUGGCAGCAGAGAGUUCUGCAGACAUCUCCCAGAUUAAUUUUUGGGUGCUACUUUCUGCUACAACGACAGUAAGAGAUGCUGACAAUCCCAGCUUUGAGCUUGCCCUUAAAAUUCAGAGAUGUCUGUGGAAGGGGAGGCAUUUGUCCCUGUCACAUACUUCCCCAGAGGUUUAUGUUCCAGCAACUGCUGUUCCUGUUGCUGUACAGACACUGUGUAAAGUCCCCCCAGACCUCCGAGGGAAAGGUGCUGUGCAGUGCAAGAGACUCUCUGUUCUGUUCUUUUUUAAUGCUUUCAGUAUUAACAGAAAUAAAAGCCACAGAGCUGAGUUCUGGUUCUUUGUUAAA